GCCCUCGCACGCGCUCUCUCACUCACUCUCUCUCUUCAAGCUCAUGAUCAUAUAAAUUCGCACUCUAAAAAUAAUGUCGACUGCAUUAAUAAUAAUUGAUUGAAGUGCCGAGGGGGGGGAGAGAGGUGCCAUCAGCAGCUUCCCUUGCUUGGCUAUGGAGCAAAUCCAGCUCUGUAAGCUUUCACCCAUAUCUCUCUAGCUCUAAACAGUCUUUUGCUCGAAUGCUUCUGAGCUGCUCAAUUGGCUGCACGCUGGAUACCUCUGCUCUUGCUUGGGCAUUUUGGUGAAUGAUUUGUGCUGAAACCCUAAGGAGGAGUAAGCUGUGAAGUGUGUGGAAAUUCGGAAUUGUUGGGGUUGAUUUUUGGGGGAGGGGAUUGUUAGGGUUUUGGGGGGGAUCUCGGGUGCUUGAGGUUGUGGAGGAUGCGGUGGUGUAGUGAAAGUGGGUUUGGAUGAGUGGGGGAGUGGGGGGUGGGGGUGGGUGGGGUGGUGACUAGACCGGCUUGCCUUUGUUUUGGAGGGUGUGAUCCGAGAUUGUGAGAGUGGAGGGGUGAGGUGAAAGAGAUUUAGUAGGUGAAAGUGGAAUUGAGAUUGCAGAAUGAGACUGUCUUCGUCGGGGUUUGCUCCUCAGCAGCAGGAAGGGGAGAAGAAAUGUUUGAAUUCUGAACUAUGGCAUGCUUGUGCGGGUCCUCUCGUAUCUCUGCCUGCUGUUGGAAGCCGUGUGGUCUACUUCCCCCAGGGCCACAGUGAGCAGGUAGCUGCCUCAACAAACAAGGAAGUAGAUGCUCAUAUCCCUAACUAUCCUAGUUUACCCUCGCAACUUAUUUGUCAGCUUCACAAUGUUACUAUGCAUGCAGAUGUGGAGACAGAUGAAGUAUAUGCUCAAAUGACCCUGCAGCCACUAAGUCCACAAGAGCAAAAGGAUGUGUAUCUACUACCUGCAGAGUUAGGCACUCCUAGCAAACAGCCAACAAACUAUUUUUGUAAAACGUUAACUGCAAGUGAUACUAGCACUCAUGGAGGAUUCUCUGUUCCUCGCCGAGCGGCUGAAAAAGUCUUUCCUCCUCUUGACUACUCUUUACAGCCUCCAGCCCAAGAAUUGAUUGCAAGGGAUCUCCAUGAUAAUGAAUGGAAAUUCAGACAUAUAUUUCGUGGUCAACCCAAGAGGCAUCUUCUUACUACAGGAUGGAGUGUGUUUGUAAGUGCAAAGAGGCUUGUUGCUGGAGAUUCUGUCAUUUUUAUCUGGAAUGAAAAGAACCAAUUACUCCUGGGUAUCCGGCGAGCUAAUCGUCCUCAAACUGUCAUGCCCUCAUCAGUUUUAUCAAGUGAUAGCAUGCACAUAGGACUUCUUGCUGCAGCGGCUCAUGCAGCGGCUACAAAUAGUCGUUUUACUAUAUUUUACAACCCAAGGGCUAGUCCAUCAGAAUUUGUCAUACCUUUGGCAAAGUAUGCGAAAGCAGUUUAUCAUACCCGAGUUUCUGUGGGCAUGCGGUUCAGGAUGCUGUUUGAGACGGAAGAGUCAAGUGUUCGUCGGUACAUGGGAACAAUAACUGGAAUUAGUGAUUUGGAUCCUGUUCGCUGGCCAAACUCACACUGGCGCUCAGUUAAGGUUGGUUGGGAUGAAUCCACUGCUGGUGAGAGGCAGCCAAGAGUUUCUUUGUGGGAAAUUGAACCAUUAACAACAUUUCCAAUGUACCCAUCUCCAUUCCCCCUCAGACUGAAGCGACCAUGGCCAUCUGGGAUACCCUCUUUUCAUGCCCUCAAGGAUGGUGAUAUGAGCCUUAAUUCUCCGCUGACAUGGCUUCGUGGAGAUGUUGGAGAUCAGGGCCUUCAGUCUAUAAAUUUCCAAGGGUUUGGUGUCACACCCUGGAUGCAGCCCAGGCUUGACGCUUCCAUGAUAGGUCUACAGCCUGACAUGUACCAAGCAAUGGCAGCUGCUGCAUUUCAAGAAAUGAGGGCUGUGGAUCCUUCCAAAUGUGCACCUCAAUCUGUUCUGCAGUUUCAGCAACCUCAAAAUGUCUCAAGUGGGGCUGCUGCUCUUAUUCAGCGGCAGAUUUUGCAGCAGUCCCAAUCUCAACACACCUUCCUUCAAAGCAUCCAACAAAAUCCUGUUUCCACUCGGGCUCAGGCCCAGUCUCAGCUUCUGCAGCAACAGUUGCAGCAUCAUCAUUCAUACAAUGAUCAGCAGCAACAACCGCAUCAACAGCGGCAGCAAUUUCAACAAUCCCAACAACUACAUUCACAAUUAGCUAAUCAGCAACAUAUCCCUAAUGCAAUCUCUUCUCUAUCUCAAUUUUCAUCAGCCACUCAGUUGCAAUCUCCAUCUUUGCAGACUAUUGUUUCCUCAUGCCAACCACAUUCCUUCCAUGAUUCUGUUGGGAACUCUAUAACCACAACUGAUGUUUCUCCCAUGCAGAGCCUUAUUGGAUCAUUUUCCCAGGAUGGAGCAUCCUACCCAAAUAAUUUGAAUGGAACCAAGCCUAUGAUUCCUUCUUCUGCUUUGUUACCAAAGCAAGUUGCGAUGGAACCACAGCUUCCUCCUGGAGAUGCACAAUGUGUACUGCCCCCUGUUGAGCAGAUGGGAACACCACAGUCAAAUGUAUCUGAACUUGCUACUUUGCUGGCCCCAUUUCCUGGUAGAGGGUACCCCGCAUACCAAGGUGCUGCUGAUCCACAAAGCAAUCUUUUGUUUGGUGUUAAUAUAGACUCAUCUCUCAUGCUUCAAAACGGGGCGCCCAGUCUGAGAAGUGUGGGCAGUGAGAAUGAAUCGUUUUCUAUUCCAUUUGCAUCAUCACAUUUUACGAGUGCUACGAGCACCGACUUUCCGCUUCAUUCGGACAUGACAACAUCCAGUUGCAUUGACGAAUCAGGUUUCUUGCAGUCUUCUGAAAAUGUGGACCAAGUAAACCCACCAACUGAAACCUUUGUGAAGGUUCAUAAGUCAGGGUCCUUUGGAAGGUCACUGGACAUUUCCAAGUUUAGCAGCUAUAAUGAGCUGCGCAGUGAACUUGCUCGCAUGUUUGGCCUUGAAGGCCAGUUGGAGGACCCUCAGAGAUCAGGCUGGCAGCUUGUAUUUGUUGACCGGGAGAAUGACGCCCUUCUCCUCGGUGACGACCCUUGGCCGGAAUUUGUUAACAACGUAUGGUAUAUUAAGAUACUUUCUCCACUUGAAGUUCAACAAAUGGGCAAGGAAGGUCUUGAAUUGACAAAUUCUGGCCCGAGAUCAAUGCCUAUGUGAGUAGACAGAUCUCGGAAUAUCUGAGUGAUGGGUUGCAUUUGUGACAUCUCCCGACCACUAGGGGAAUGACUUGGGAAUGGGAAAAGUGGCUGCUGAAAUGUGUCUUCUGUUGCAGUGCCCAUACUGUUUUCUUGAGUUGUUAGCAUUUUUUCUGCCCUCGCCAUUCGUGGUGUGGGCAUGCCGGUAUUUAAAGCUUGCAUCUCAGUUCAUUAGUGUAAAGUGUGACAAGAAAUGUUUUGAGAUUUAUCAUAAUAUUAGGAGCAGCACCUACCUGGUAGUAGUGACUUUACCGUAAUAGCUGUCAACUUGCAAUCUCAUAAUUUACAUGUAGACUAGCUUCCAGUACUUCGACUGGGAUGCCAACUAUGUAUUUGGCUCACCAAGUAAUUUAUUUUCUAUUAAAAUUGUUGAAUUGUU